UUUUGUUUGUUGUUGUGCCGCUGCUUAAAAAUGUUUGAAUAUACACUACCUUGUGGCGGUUUUAAAACACAUACUAUAAUGACUGAAAACAAUAUAAAAUUCGAUCCGCCGGUAUUUGAACAGCGCUAUUGCACAGUAGUCCAAAUCCUGGAAGACCAAAAGUGGUUGAAUGAAAUAAAAAAAGUCACGGAGUUUGGCUGCGCUGAAAUGAGACUUUUCCAGUUAAUAAGACGCAUCGGGAGCAUCGAGCAUAUAGUGCAGGUAGACAUUGAUGAAGCUCUACUAACUACACAUCUAAGUCGAACUGAUCCAUUGGUUUCGGAUUAUAUGAGACAGCGAGAAAGUCCUUUACAUGUGGAUGUUUUCCAUGGCAGCGUGGCAGAUUCCUCAGCAGAGUUGUUAAACACAGAUGUAGUUAUUGCCUUGGAACUAAUUGAGCACGUCUACGAUGAUGUGCUGUCGAAAAUACCACAUAAUAUAUUUGGGUACAUGCAUCCCAAAAUUGUGAUUAUUAGCACACCGAAUGCUGAUUUUAAUGUCAUAUUCACACGAUUUUCCCCACUACUGCCAAAUGGGUUUCGCCAUCACGAUCAUAAAUUUGAAUGGACACGCGCCGAGUUCAAAGCCUGGUGCCUGGACAUAACUGAAAAGUAUCCAAAUUAUAUGUGUAGCAUAUUUGGAGUGGGUGAGGCUCCAGCAGGAGAUGAGUCUGUUGGAAAUGUUUCUCAAAUUGCUUUAUUUGUGCGUAAGGAUUUGCUGGAUAUGCCACUUGUAGAGCCAUUUAAUGCUCAGCCUGAAGCAAAUUGCGAAACGCCCUAUAGGAAUCUGCAUAGCGUAGACUUUCCAUUUUUUAAGGACACUCGCACAACAGAAGAGAAAAUCUGGACUCAGGUGCAGUAUGAGCUCCAUCGCGCAACCUAUCGAGAGGACUACUACGAUGCCGAUAGAUAUGUAUAUAAGAUUGCCAUAGCUGAGAUUCUGAGAUGUGUGGAGUAUUUGGGUGCUACGGCUGAAAUUUUGCAACAACUUUUGUUGGAGAACAAGAAACAAAUGGAAAACGGUUAUGUUAUAAUCGAGGAGGAUAACUACAGCAGUGAUCAUGACAGUCAUGAUUACAGCCAGGAUGCGCAGGAGCAAGUGGAGGAUGCGAACUGCACAAACGAAGUGGAAAACUGGGAUGCAUAAUAAAUAAAAUAUA